AUGGCCUUUGAGACGAUCCGCCGGGGACGGGAGCGACUCAUCGCCCUCCUUCUAACCACCCCCGACUUGGAUGAAGUGUCCUCACUGGGGAUAGUCACCGAGGAGGAGUACAAGGCCUUGGAGAAGCUCUCGGAGCCCAGGGAGAGGAUCCGAAGGCUGCUGAUAAAGAUCCAGAGGAAGGGGGAGCGCGGCUGUGAGCAGUUCCUGGAGUGUCUGCAGAGCCUCUUCCCAGACUUCCUGCCGGAUCUACAGCCCCUGGGACGCAGGUGCGUAACUCAGACGAAUGAUGCAGAGAGUCCAGUAGGUGGUGCAUUCGCCGAGAAGAUAGGAGCAGAAAAUCCACAAGUUGCUGUAACCUCGGGAAAGAAUGAGCUAGAGAAUCCAGAAACCACUCUACCGCACGAGGAGAAUGAUCUAGGGAAUCCAGAUGGUCGCCCAUCCUCAGGGACUAUUGAUUCACAGAACUCAGAAGUUGCCACGUCCUCAGAGAAGAAUGAUCCAGAGAAGCCAGAAGAACCUGAGAAGCUGUAA